AUGGCAGCACACUUAGAAUCGGUGCGCCGAGCCCUAGCCCAGCAGGACGCCGAGGUCGACCGAUUCAGAGCCAUCAUCCAAGAGAACAGCGCCCUGAACGAGCGUAUCUUGGAACACGAGGACACCAUCGCCCGGCAAGCGGCCGCGUUGUCGACUUUGAGAAGCGAGGCCGACGACACGAUGACGGCGCGAGCAGCACAGACCGCAGCGCGGCGCCUCGAGCAGCAGAACGCGUCGCUCCAGCGGGACCUGAGCGCGGCGCACGAGGCCGCGCGAGCGUUGGACAAGGAACGCGUCGCUUUGGCCGAUGCGCUCCACGAGCGCGACCGGAGACUGGAGACGCUGCGACGGGACUCUGAUAGGUUGCGCAAGGAGCGGGACGAGGCCGUCUCAAAAUUGAGCGCGGAGCGAUCCAAGGCCAAGCGCCACGAGGAAGAAUCAAGACUAAGAAAGCAGGAGCACGAUUCACUCAUACAAAGAGUCAUCUCCGACAAAGAUAAAAAGAAUGGGGAGCUCAAUGCGAUGACCGAGGUCGUGGAGCGGUUGCGGAGCGAUCUGGAUCUGAAGAACGAGAAGGAGUGGUCAGUGGUCGAGGCGGUGCCGUCGAAGGCACGGUGCGUGGUACGACGGGCCCACGCUGUCGCAGCGGUCGACGUGUGUCUGGAGGGGAAGCACGCGGUUUCGGGCGGGGAGGACGGUUCCAUUGUUGUUUGGCACGUUACGACGACGCCGACGCCGUCCCUCAAACUCACUACCGAUAGGAGAGAAUCCUGCGCCACCGUCGAUGUGAAGCAUGAUCUGAUACUGUGCGCUUCGAAAAAUACGUCCGUCCAGCUCUGGGAUAUCAAUGGGAGGCGCCGCCUGUCGCUGCAGCACUCACACCAAAAGAAAGCGCGGAUGGGCGGCGCCGUUUUACUCUCACAAGCAACGUAUGCGACGUGCGCCAGUGACGGCGUCGUCAAGUUCUGGGACCACGACCGAGUGAGGGAGGAGCGGCUGUGCCCGAGCGGCGGUUCUGCCCUAGCUAGCGUGGGCGGCCAUUCAGUGAUCGCGGGCCACGCCGACGGCGCGUGUCGAUUGUGGGAUGCGCGGAGCGAAGUGUGCGCCUUGGACAUGGGGCCGCGCGACAGCACGGCGGCCGUCCGUGCCGUUAGUGCGGAGGGCCAUUUUGUGGCUUCCCUGAAUGCGGACCACGCUCUGUAUAUCUACGACCGGCGGCGCUCUACGUGUGUGCACUCCCUGAAACACGAUGCCCUAAAGGCGCCGGAGCGAUGCAGGAUCGCGUGGGCGCCCGGCGCCUUGCACGUUGCGGCGCCCUCUGUCAGUGGCGCCGUUUUGGUCUUCGACGCGCGGACAGGGGCUUGUGCGACCACGUUGCAACCGUCUUCCCUGGAAGCGCCUCCCGUCAACGCCGUGGCGUGGGCCGCGGACAUCCUCGCGACCGUGGACCAGGACGGGGGGCUGGCGUUGUGGGACUAG